AUGGAGAGAGACCCAGCAUUCUUCGCCGCGCCAAGGCCCAAAAAGGAUGGCCUCGUGCCGCCGCCCAAGAAGCGCAAGACAGUGCACAAGGUCGAGGAAAUCACAUUCGACAAGGACGCCCGCACCGAGUAUCUUACCGGUUUCCACAAGCGCAAACAGGCCCGCAUCAAGGCUGCGAAGGCGCAAGCAGAGGAAGAGGCACGGUUGGAACGAAUUAGACUGAGGAAGCAGAUCAGAGAGGAGCGCGCGAAGAACCUCGAGGAACAUAUCCAGACAGUGCACAAGCUUCUCCAUGAGGCAGAGCGUGCCGGUACAGACGACAAAAGCUCUGAGAAGAAGCCAGACGAAGAGUGGGACGGGAUAUCCGAGGACGAAGUUGCGGAAGAGCCUGCGCUUGAUCUGGAGGAGGAAUACAUCGAUGAAGACCGCUACACGACUGUGACAGUAGAAGCUGUCAGCGUAGACAGGGACGGCAUCCACAAACCACGGACCUUGAGAGACGAAGAAGAUUCCGAGACGGCGAAGAACAAGAAGAAGAAGGAUGCAGCCGAAGAGGUGGCGCAACAAGAGGCCGACAAAAAGUCAAAACGAAACUACCCGGAGAAGAAGAAGAAGAGGAAAUUCACAUACGAAAGCCGACAUGACCGAAACGUCACAGAGAGGAAACAGAGGGCAAAGAAGGCUAAGCGGUCGUAG